AUGAGAUUCUCUACUUUGUCUUGGCUUCUUAUUGCGGUAUUCACCCAGUCGAUAGUGUCUCUGGGGGCCGUUAUUGGUAUCGAUUAUGGCUAUCAGUUUGGAAAAGCCAUGGUGGUAUCACUUCAGGCACCGCUUGAGAUAGUGUUAACCCCUGAAUCGCAAAGGAAGGAUGAAAAUGGUGUUGCUAUCAGGAUCAUCGAUGGUAUUGUUGAGAGAACCUAUGGUUCGGUGGUUAGUUCUUCAAUCGUGACUCGAUUCCCUAGUAAUUCGUUAAUGCAUUUAAAGCCUUUGUUUGGAAAAUUGGCAGACGAAAACCUAAAUGCUUAUUAUAGAGCACAUCCGGGUGUUAUUUUAAAGGCUAGUGAUCGGGGAUCUGUUGCAUUUUCAAUUAAUGAUCAAGAAUUCCCAGUUGAAGAGGUAGCUGCUAUGAAUUUACAGCAGUAUAUUAAUAGGGCGAAUGACAUGUUGAAAGAAAAGGGUGGUGAUGAUACUGUUGUUCAACUUGCAUUGACUGUUCCUGAAUACUUCACUAUUGAACAAAGGAACUCGCUGAUGGAUGCAGUAUCUCUAAUUCCUUUACAACGUCCAUAUUUGGUCAGUGAGGGUUUAUCUGUUGCAGUUGAUUUUUCUUUAAAACAGAAAUUUGAGGCUGGGAAACGCUAUUAUUACAUUAUUUAUGACAUGGGAACAGGAUCUACAAAAGCUAGUCUUGUUUCAAUCGAGCAGCCCGAGGGUGAUUCUGAACCUUUAAGAAUUGAACUUUUAGGUUAUGGACAUACUGACGAUAUUAGUGGUGUUCAAGUCACACUAGCUAUUUCAGAACUUAUUAGUAACAAAUUUCUAGAACAUCACCGGUCUGUUAGGAGUUCUGAAUUAGAAGCUAGUGCCAGAUCACAAGCAAAGAUUAUUCAAGCUGCUGAAAAAGCUAAACUAAUCUUAAGUGCUAAUGCCGAUGCCAUAGUUAAUAUUGAAUCUUUAUUGAAUGGCAUCGAUUUUAAGGCUACAGUAUACCGGGAGGAGGUUGAAGAAUACUUGGAACCAUUUUUAACUGGCAUCAUUAAACCAAUCAACGAUGCUUUGUCUGGUAAUUUUGGUGGAGAAUCUAUUGCUUUAAGUCAAUUGGAUGGCGUAAUAUUAACAGGCGGUUCUUCUCGCGUGCCUAUUGUAAAAAAAACGCUAGUUGAAUAUCUAGGUGAAGACUUGAUAUCAAAGAAGGUUAAUGCAGACGAAUCAGCUGUCCAUGGUGUUACUAUCAGAGGCGUUCAAUUAUCUAAGGCCUUUAAAAUUAAACCAUUGCAUGUUAUUGACCGUUCUAUUUUUUCUUAUGAAGCCAAAUUUUCUAACCAGGAAUAUAUUGUUGAAAUAUUCUCUACUGGAUCAACCUACCCAAAUAAAACUUCUUUCACUACUCUGCCUCUUAACGGUCCAGUUUCGGAUUUUCAAAUUGAUUUAUAUGAAAAUGGGAGGCUAUUCCAAACAGUCGAUGUUUAUACUGAGCAACUCAAUAUGAAAUUUAUCACUGAGUGUGCAGAUGGUAUUGUCUACAACGCUAAUUUUAGUCUAUCGGCAAACAGAAUUUUUGAAUGUGAAAACGUAGAGGCUGUUUGCUUGGGUGGGUCAGUUACACGAGCUGUCCAAAGUGCUAGUAGUUCUGGAGAUGAAGGCGUUACCAAAGGUUAUGAAGAUCAAGACAUUAACAAAAAUACUGAUAAGAAAAUAGAGUUUCCUGCCAGACCAAAAAAGUUGUCAUUAAAAUCUGAAUAUAGAAAUUUGAAACCAUACAGCUCUAAGGAGAAGAUUAACGCAAGGUCUAAGUUGGCACAAUUGAAUCGUAGUGAUAAAGAACGUGAACAGCUGCAAACACAACUAAAUCACCUUGAAUCUUUAUUGUAUGAUACUAUGUAUUACUUGGAAGAUGAAGAAGUUAUUGCUAAAGGUCCAAAGUCUGAUAUAAAAAAAUUGUCUGAAAUUGUAACCGAAUAUCUGGAGUGGUUGGACUAUGGGUAUGAAGAUGCUUCUCUAAUUGAUAUAAAUGAAAAAAUUGUGGAAGUUUCCACCAUUAAGAGUAAAAUCAAAUUGUACCUCGAAUUUUCGGAUGAGAUAUUUGACCAUUACAGGUUCGAAAAACUGAUCCAGAAUUCUAGAGUCUCUCUAAAUGAGUUUAAAAAUUAUCAGAACAUUUUGAUAGAACAAGUGAAGGUAUUUGAUAAUGAUUUUGAAGCUAUUGGGCUAAAUGCUACCAGAGAAUACCUGAAGAUGAAGGCCCCAAGGAGCGUGAGCUUCUCGCCCACAGAGAGUGAUGUUGUCAUUAAAAACUUAGAAUCACUUUUGAAUGAAAUUGAAGAAAUGUUGAAUACUAACUCGAUAGAGAACAAACCUAGGGAAGAUUUGUUUGAACUAAAUAUGUUAUGUGAGAAUUCAGUGAAGGAACUUGAUAGACUUCAGACUAUAAGAGCGAAUGCCCAUACAUACCGUUUGAGAGAAUUGCAAUCUUUUUAUAACAGAAAAUUGAGAGCGCUAAAGAGAAAGGAUGAAAAGUUGAAGCCAACAGAAUCCGUCAAUUCGGAGAUUUCAGAUGAAACUACCGAUUCCCAUGAGACAACCACAACUACAACUCCUGAGCAUUCAGCUGAACUUGAACACGACGAAUUAUAA